ACUUGGAUGGAGGAUUCCAGCGGAGCGAGGAGGGACUUUCAAGUGUUGGAUCAGGGAAACCACAGGUCUGUGCUCCUUCACUGACACUCAGACCAGGCUGAAGGGCAGCUGAAGAGAUGGACAGAUGGAACCAGGAGGCAGACGAGGCCCUGGGCUGACAUGGACCUACAUGACCUCUCUGUCUGACUCCUGAGGACUCCGUUACAGGACAGAUGACCGGCCACCACAGGGACUAAAAUCCAGCAGAAGUUGGAAGGAGUACAAUCAAAGAGUUGGACAUGACUAAGGGCACUAUGGAUUUAUACAAGUGUUUCAUCUUGGUUUUCUUCAAUAUUCCCCUACAAGUUUAUUGUCAGGUUGGACCUCGAGCUCACGCUGAGGAGAGGCUGCUCCAGAAUCUGUUUGCGCAUUACAAUAAGCUCUCUAGACCUGUUGAAAACACUACGGACACAGUGCUAGUCCACUUCGGACUUUCGAUCGCGCAGCUUAUUGAUGUGGAUGAAAAGAACCAGAUGAUGACCACAAAUGUCUGGGUCAAGCAAGAAUGGAACGAUUACAAACUCCGGUGGAACCCGGAGGAAUACGAAAACGUCACCUCCAUCCGUAUCCCCUCAGAGAUCAUUUGGAGGCCUGACAUUGUCCUCUACAACAAUGCUGAUGGCGACUUUGCAGUAACUCACCUCACGAAGGCGCAUCUGUUCUAUGAUGGUCGGAUAAAGUGGAUGCCACCGGCCAUUUACAAGUCUUCAUGCAGCAUAGAUGUUACCUUUUUCCCCUUUGACCAGCAAAGCUGCAAGAUGAAGUUUGGCUCAUGGACUUACGACCGAGCCAAGAUUGAUCUGAUCACGAUGUCCAGCAAUGUGGACCAGAUGGACUACUGGGAGAGCGGGGAGUGGGUCAUUGUUAAUGCUGUGGGCAAGUACAAUACAAAGAAGUAUGAGUGCUGCACAGAGAUCUACUCAGACAUCACAUACUACUUCAUCAUCCGGAGGCUCCCGUUGUUCUACACUAUCAACCUCAUUAUCCCCUGUCUCCUGAUCUCCUGUUUGACAGUGCUGGUGUUUUAUUUGCCGUCACAAUGUGGAGAGAAGAUCACCUUGUGCAUCUCAGUGUUGCUGUCAUUAACUGUAUUCCUCCUGUUGAUCACAGAGAUUAUUCCGUCAACAUCACUGGUGAUUCCUCUAAUUGGCGAGUACCUGCUGUUCACCAUGGUCUUUGUCACUCUGUCCAUCAUAAUUACUGUCUUUGUGCUGAACGUACAUCACAGAUCACCCCAAACCCACGGCAUGCCUCACUGGGUGCGGAGGGUAUUCUUGGAUAUGGUGCCGAGAGUUCUGUUCAUGAAGCGUCCACCAGGCACGGCCAAGCAGCACUGCAAGAAGCUCAUUGAGUUGAUGCACCGACCCCCCACCAUAUCUGCAACAGGCAACUCACAGGCGUUUUGGUCUGGGUUAGAGACAGGGUUGAGACAGAUAAGCCAGGUGGAGACUACCAUCCUGAAGACUCCAUCAGACAGUCCAAGCAUCCUUGUCUGCUCACCUUCCCCAGCCUCAUCCCCGAAUGCAGACUGCAAUGAGGAUGCUCACUCAGUGAAGGCCAACAUGUUCUGCCGGACCUUGUCUGGUCAGUAUUCAGUUCUCUCUGAGAAACUUUCCUUACGUGGACACAACUCUGCAGCUUCUUCUUCUUCCCAAUUGUCGUUACCCCCAACGCUGCCAAUGGGACCCAUUCGCACAUUAUCUAGGGAAGAGCCCAAUUUGCUUGCCCCGAAUGGUCGAUCCCACAGUGUAGAGCAAAUGUGUGACCAUCAGAAGGAACUUCCACUUAUUGGGCAUCGGUGCCGAUCCCGCAGCUUCCAGUACUGCUGUCUGCAUGAUGAAGGGACAGGAGUCAUUGGGAUCAUAGGACAGGUGAAGAAACAAGCCCCUUUGGAUCACCUAGCAGAAACUCUCACAGCAGAGACCACUAAAGAUGCGAGUACCCAACAGGACACUGUGGUUACAACAAUUUCUCCGGCUAUGCUACGAGCCAUAGAGGGAGUUCAGUACAUCGCUGAUCAUCUCAGGGCAGAGGACGCAGAUUUCUCAGUGAAGGAGGACUGGAAGUAUGUGGCCAUGGUCAUUGACAGGAUAUUCCUCUGGAUGUUUGUACUGGUGUGUAUACUGGGAUCUGUGGGACUCUUUCUUCCUCCGUGGCUGGCUGGAAUGAUCUAGACUAUUUCAUUGAUGCAAAGAACACUGACUCAAAGACUUCCUGUUGUAAUUGUAAAAAAAAAAAAAAAAGGAACGGCUCAUCAAUUUUCUUUUCAUUUCCUAUUUUUUUAAAGUAACUACAAGUCACACUCCUUGCUCUUGUCCCAUGUUAUCAGAAGGUUACUCAUGAAGGAUUGAGAUUAAUUAUCUAUCAUUGAUCUCAGUGGGAAUAUAAAUUCUUUAUAAGGUCAAAGGCCAGCAGAGAAAAUAUCCACCUGCAACACUACAUCUUGACAUUGAGCUGUGAAGCCCGGGCUGUCACCUUCAUAAAACCACACAGGAUGGGACUUUCACCUAUUACAACAACACAAAACACUACAAAGAGACCGUGAGUCUGUAAAGAGACGUUGUUUCAGAUUUUCUCACCAUUCUUACUACCAUAGGAUCUAAACAGUAGACUUCAGUGAUCUGAUAUGUUUCUUGCAGCAGAAGAACAUUGUUUAUGUUUGAUGACUAGGCUCCAACGUCAUCAGUCCACAUAGUUUUAGUUUUAGUUUUACAUGCAGAAAUUGAGCAGUGAUGAGCUUGUAUCUUAAACCCCUUAUAGUCAGAGCCUGCAGGUGGAUGCGGGGAGGUGGUGUGGCUGAAAGUUUGAGCGCAGCAUUUAUUCAAGGAAGUGAUGGUGAGCAGAGGCAGAGAACAGAAAUCUUGCAGCUUAAAUAGGCCGCCACGUUGGGAGGAUACGCUGUCACAUGGUCGUGGGAAUGACGUGUGUUUGCGAUGUUGCUGGCCUGGCCUAGCUGGCAGAAGUUGCUCCAUUUCUGGUAUCUUGACAGUGGCACAAUUGACAAUGUAGUGCUCUACAAAGUAUUAUUCAGUCAUUGGUGUUUCCCUGCACUGGUUCCUGAGAAAUAAACACGUGGAAGUAUUCUUUGGAAAGAUUUUUGUAUGCUCUCAGGUCAAACAUUACUUUAAUGAUCACUUACAAGUUAAGCAUAAAAACAUGUUCGGAUCCAUCUGCUGUCAUCUGGGGAGAAUUUUUUUUCUCGGCUCCAGGUAACUCUUAGUAGAUGUUCUAUCUGAGGCUCCUUUUUUCAAGUUCUGGUCUUUUUUACGAUUAGACUAGCAACUUCAGUUGUAAAAACAGAGUUGGACUUGCGAGUAAAUAUUUUUAUUUUAUUUUUUACACUCUAAGACCUUCUGUCACAAGUUUUUUUUAACACUGCUCAUAGUGUGUCAUGAAGAUGCACAAAUUACUCCUUUGUGUCUCACUGAGGCGCACAAGGUUCAGGCUGCUUUCCUCCUCUCUGAAACACUGUAACACUGAAACUGUCUGUCUGCCUCAUCUGCCUUUCUACGUCUGUAGCUCUUACAGUCGUUCCAACUAUCUAAUUUAGCAGCAGAUGGGUUUAUGAUGGAAUAAGUUUGUUCCCCAGUGUGUCUCAUUUAGGUGCUAGAGGGCACCUUGGUUGACAUAUAAGAUGCUGAAGGCCAUUACAGGCAGCUCAACUUAGGAAUGGGAAUGUGCUGUGAAUUUAAUGCAGAUAUCUGUUCAUCAGGGCUGAUAAAAAGUAAUUAAACUGGAAUCAGAUGAGAGCUGAUGGAUUCUGGGAUUGCAUUUUGGACAAUGCCACAGUUUUUGUUUGCUACAUGCAGUAUUGUCCUGCAUACAACCAAAGCAAGUUCACUCUUACUCGGUCAGUACUAUGCAGACUACAAGCAGAGACACUUCAGACCCUGAAAAUCAAGACUCUUUUGCUUUUAAUUCUGUCUUUGUUUAUUCUGCAUAUAUCUGUUUGUUGGGAAAUGCUCACAUGAACUCAGAUUUUUUAAUCCCAGCAGUUAAAUAAACACAUUAUUCAGUAUUUCUUAUACACAGUGUCCUAACUGCAUGUAAGCGAGGCAGCACUGAGCAACACAGCCUGUUUCAAUGUGUAUUCCUGUCGUUUGCACUGACAUCGGUGAGGAGAAGUUAAUUUGCAUGGUUCAGAUUAGAGUACUGGGAUCCUUGUUUCACUACAAAACUUCAUUCAUGGUUGAAGGGGGAUUGCUAAGGUGCUUGGAGUGUUCAGAAAAAAGCUGCUUCUUGAAUGUCCUUCGCUGUCUUGCACAACAGAGCUUGUUAGAUUAAUAUACAAAAUGAAGAGACUGGUACAUUAAUAAUAUCCCCAUCAGUGAUUUAAGUAUUGAGCCAUGACUUGUGUUAACACAAUUGGCAGUUUGUUUUUUUCUGAAGUGCAAAUGUAGAAACAGAAGAGAUACUCGUCCAUCUUAAACAUCUCCAGCUGGUCUCCUGUGAACAGCUGAGAGCAAUGUUUUUUUUACGUGACGUAUUCAACGUUUAUAUUAGACAGAUGCAGUGUGGCCAGUGAAUGUCCAUAGCUAUGUGAUACAACGCAAUAUCAGACGCUUGCAUGCUGUUAGGACACAGUGUUAGACAUUUUAUUUGUGAAUACCACAGCACUUGAGUGUUAACCAGGUGGGAUUUAAAAUAUUUCCCAAAGCCACCAAAAAAGUCAAGUGGACGUUCAAGUUUUCCUUUGCUUGAUAUGUGUGUAGAAAAGAAUAGGAAUGAUCCGUCUAGUUUUAUUUCUAAGCAUGAUUUUCAAGGCCAUUACUAUGAAUUUUAGAAAUUAAUAUUUAGAGUUUUAAAAGUAUAUAAAUAUAUAACAGCACUUGCAUUUCACAGACAUUUCUACGAGUAUGUUGAAUAAAGAAAAACCAGUCUCCUCUCUGCAUUUUCACGCAGUGUGAACAACCUGAUCUGAUGGGAAUGUAAUGGCUUUAUACUGCAAGAUGAAAAGGUUUCUUGCAGUGACAGAUAGAGGGGGGAGCUGCAGGCUGAUAGUGAAGUGUCUUCUGAAUGUUUAUCUCCUUCAGUAAAACAAAAGACAAACACGUCAAGAGAGAUGCCAGUGAGCGAAGAAGUAACAGAUAUCUUAAGUUUAAGACAUGGAGGUAUGUAAGGACAUAAUAAAGGUGGUUAACCUGCUCCCAUACAUACAGUACUUUUAUUGUUUUUUAUUCAUGUUAAUGAGAUUCAUUUAAAAGACAAGUUUAUUAAACAUCAUAACUUGUUAACCUUGUCUACAUGUGGGGUUAAGGUAUGAGUUUUUUGCCAAUAUGCACAAUAUAUGACCAAUGGAAAGACCAGAGACUGAACCCAAAAGUUCCCACACACCCUUAUGAUAGCCCAGAUAAGGUUAGUUUAUUUGAUUAAAGAGACUAUAUGCUAAUCUUCUCUGCACAACUACAAUAGAUAAAAGUUUUCUCCUAGCUUUUUUUAAUUUAAUGUAUAAGUCUGGUUUCUGUUCUUUCGUACCUUCUGACUCUGUAUUAAGGUUUCAGUCCUUUGUUUCUGAAAACCAACCAUGCCCGUGUUUUGAAUUUCAAAUUCUUCUUUUGUCCUUUUCCUCCGGUGUGACAUGUAUUUGGGAGCAUCCCUGGGUUUCUUUGUCUCACUUGAACAGUUUUACAUGUUGUCAUUUUUAUCUAUUUUGUGUGCAAUGAAAUAAAGCUACCCUGAAAGAGGAA